GGGCCCCCUGCUAAAACUGUGUCCGUCCCCCAUUCCGUAGCGGACUACAGGUUCUCAGGGCGGGACAGCCUCAUUUUCUUAGUCGAUGCCUCCAAGGCCAUGUUUGAGUCCGACGGGGACGGAGUGACUCCCUUUGACAUGACCGUCCAGUGCAUCCGGAAUGUGUAUACCAGCAAAAUUAUUAGUAGUGACAGGGACCUGUUAAGUGUUGUGUUCUAUGGUACAGAAAAGAACAAGAACUCGGCAGAUUUCAAGCACGUCUAUGUUCUUCAGGAGCUGGACAAUCCAGGCGCAAAGCGUGUUCUGGAGCUGGACCAAUACAGAGGAGAUGAAGGACAAGUGCUUUUCCGUAAGACCUUUGGCCACAAUGCUGACUACUCACUGGGUGAAGCGCUCUGGGCCUGCUCUAAUCUCUUCAGUGAUGUCCGAGUCAGACUGAGCCACAAAAGGAUCAUGCUCUUCACCAACGAGGAUGACCCUCAUGCCAACGACAGUGCUAAAGCCAAGCUGGCCAGGACCAGAGCUGGUGACCUGAGAGACACAGGUAUCAUCCUGGACUUGAUGCACUUGAAGAAGCCUGGAGGGUUCGAUAUCUCUCUGUUCUACAGGGAUAUCAUAAACAUAGCAGAGGAUGAGGACCUUGGGGUCCAACCUGAGGAGUCAGUGAAACUGGAACAUCUCAUGAAGAAAGUACGAGCAAAGGAGACAAAAAAACGGACUUUAGUCAGGUUAAAUCUGUAUCUGAACAAAGAUCUGUCGCUUGCUGUUGGUGUUUACAACCUUGUUCAAAAAGCUCAUAAGCCCUUUCCGGUGAAGCUUUACCGGGAGACUAAUGAACCAGUUAAAACAAAAACAAGGAUGUUUAAUGGAAAAACAGGCAGCUUGCUGCUGCCCAGCGACACAAAAAGGGCUCAGACAUAUGGAAACCGCCAGAUUGUGCUGGAGAAAGAGGAAACAGAAGAAAUAAAAAGGUUCGAUUCUCCGGGCUUGUUUCUGAUUGGCUUCAAACCGCUUUCAAUGCUAAAACAGCACCACCAUAUCAAGCCUUCCCAGUUCAUUUAUCCUGAGGAGUCCCUAGUAAAUGGGAGUACAACACUGUUUAAUGCCUUAUUGAUUAAAUGCUUGGAGAGGGAGGUGAUGGCACUGUGCAGGUACACCACCCGCCGGAACACUCCCCCUCGCUUUGUGGCCCUGGUUCCCCAGGAGGAAGAGGUGGAUGAGCAGAAGGUGCAGAUAGCCCCUCCAGGUUUCCACAUCAUUUUCCUACCUUACGCAGAUGACAUACGGAAUGUUGAUUUUACAGAAAAGGUGCCGGCCAGUCAAGAGCAGGUGGACAAAAUGAAGGAAAUAAUUCAAAAACUCCGGUUCAAAUACAGGACUGACAGCUUUGAGAACCCAGUUUUGCAGCAGCACUUCAGGAAUCUGGAGGCUUUGGCGCUGGAUGAGAUGGAACCAGAAAAAGCUGAGGAUCUUACAAUGCCAAAGUCUGAAGAGAUGAACCGCAGGCUGGGCAACCUGGUGGAGGAGUUUAAGGAGCUGGUUUAUCCCCCUGACUACAAUCCUGAUGGGAUGGCUGUAAAGCGAAAACAAGCUUCCGAUAAUCAAACUGAGAAGAGGCCCAAGGUAGAAGUCUCAAAAGAUGAGCUGCGGAGCCAUGUGCAGAAGGGCACUCUAGGCAAGCUCACUGUACCUGUUCUGAAGGACGCAUGCAGGAUUUAUGGGCUGAAGGGUGGGGGAAAGAAGCAGGAGCUCAUGGAUGUGCUGAUGCCAGCAUGGGAUACGUGA